AUGUGGGAACCUCGCGGAGCUGAGGCAUGCGCGGCGGCGCUGGGCGGCGCGCUUUUCCUGCUGCUCUUCGCGCUGGGCGUCCGCCAGCUGAUGAAGCAGAGGCGGCCGUCGGGGUUCCCCCCGGGUCCGCUGGGGCUGCCAUUCAUCGGCAACAUCUACUCGCUGGCCGCCUCAGCCGAACUACCCCAUGUCUACAUGAGAAAGCAGAGCCAGGUGUACGGCGAGAUCUUCAGUUUAGAUCUUGGAGGUAUAUCAAGUGUGGUUCUAAAUGGCUAUGAUGUAGUAAAGGAGUGCCUUGUUCAUCAAAGUGAAAUUUUUGCAGACAGACCAUGCCUUCCUUUAUUCGUGAAGAUGACAAAAAUGGGAGGCUUACUCAAUUCCAAAUAUGGCCGAGGAUGGGUAGAUCACAGAAGAUUAGCUGUAAACAGCUUUCGCUAUUUUGGAUACGGCCAAAAGUCUUUUGAAUCUAAAAUUUUAGAAGAAACCAAAUUUUUCAUUGAUGCUGUUGAAACAUACAAAGGCAGACCUUUUGAUUUUAAACAAUUAAUAACCAAUGCUGUUUCAAACAUAACCAAUCUGAUCAUUUUUGGAGAACGAUUCACUUAUGAAGACACUGAUUUUCAGCACAUGAUCGAGUUGUUUAGUGAAAAUGUGGAACUCGCAGCCAGUGCCUCCGUCUUCCUGUAUAAUGCCUUCCCAUGGAUUGGCAUCUUACCUUUUGGAAAACACCAGCAGCUAUUUAGAAAUGCCGCUGUGGUCUAUGAUUUUCUCUCCAGGCUUAUUGAAAAAGCUUCCAUCAACAGAAAGCCUCAGUUACCCCAGCAUUUUGUUGACGCUUAUUUAGAUGAGAUGGAUCGAGGUAAAAAUGACCCAUCGUCUACUUUUUCCAAAGAAAACCUAAUUUUCUCCGUGGGUGAACUCAUCAUUGCUGGAACCGAAACUACAACCAAUGUGUUACGGUGGGCAAUCCUUUUCAUGGCCCUUUAUCCGAACAUUCAAGGACAAGUUCAGAAAGAGAUCGAUUUAAUUAUGGGACCCAGUGGGAAGCCUUCUUGGGACGACAAAUGCAAAAUGCCUUAUACUGAGGCAGUUUUGCAUGAAGUUUUAAGAUUCUGUAAUAUAGUGCCAUUAGGGAUUUUCCAUGCAACCUCUGAAGAUGCAGUUGUACGUGGUUAUUCCAUCCCUAAAGGCACAACAGUAAUUACAAAUCUUUAUUCUGUGCACUUUGAUGAAAAGUACUGGAAAGACCCAGAAAUAUUCUAUCCUGAGCGAUUUCUGGACAACAGUGGGUAUUUUUCCAAGAAGGAAGCGUUGGUUCCAUUUUCCCUAGGAAGAAGACAUUGUCUUGGAGAACAGCUGGCUCGGAUGGAAAUGUUCCUGUUUUUCACAGCCUUGCUUCAGCGGUUUCACUUGCAUUUUCCAGAUGGGCUGGUUCCAGAUUUGAAGCCCAGGUUAGGCAUGACAUUGCAACCCCAGCCCUACCUCAUCUGUGUGGAAAGACGCUGAAAGUGCAUGGAUAUUGUGUGGAACAAGGCUAUAUGUUCGCCUCCCCACUGCACCUUGUACAAUCAGUGUGUGUGUUUGGACAAAAGUCACAGCAUCCUAAAGCCAAAUUAACACAGGUGUGACUUUAAAAAUACCAGGCAAUAAUAAGCAUCAGCAAUGAUAUUUUUUAAGCUUUUAUGACUUCUAGGAUAGAAUUAUCUGUUGAGGAGAACAAAGGUGCACAUGACAGGUGUGUAAGACACCAAGAUUUGCCAGGGAUGCUUUAAGCAGAGCCUGACUUCUCAAAGUUAGGGAUGUAUCAGCUUUGGAGAGACCGAGGCCUCCCAGAAAUUGCCAAGGUUAACUUACCAACCAUGUAACAGCCACACUGAAAGUCGAUUUUCCUCAAGCCUUCAGAUGACUGUGGACCCAGGUGGCAUUGGAUUGUGAUCCCAUGAGACAUCCUGAGCACAGACUGCUUGGCGAAGCCACUUCUAAAUUCCUGACUGACAAAACAAUAAAUGACUACUUCCAGGGUAUUUUGGGGUGAUUUCUUAGCAUUAGAUAAUGAAUUCAAAGAACAAUGUUUAAAAUAUGUUCCCUUUUUUGUGUGAUGGGGGAACAAGAAUGUGUGUGUAUAAAUGCACAUUAUGCACUUAUAUUUGAAUAAAAAGCACUAGCUAGAUUAAUGGGAAACUAAUGAAAAUGGUAUUUCUAAGAGACUGAGAGAGAAAGGUAGAUGAGGAUGGGGUGAAAGUGAGAAAUCUUACUGUGUUUAUCUUUCAUUAAAAUUUUGAUUAUA